UAAAACAACAGCAAUAUGCGACUAUCAACUUUUUUGGCGAUUUCAAUGAUCAUCGCCGCAACUUUUGAGGAUAUCAUUUGUGUAGGCAUGCCAAUUCGAGUCCGGAGUAUAUUUGGAGUUACCACAAUAGAUGUUGACUCAUCAGACACAAUCUACAAUGUGAAAUCAAAAAUUUACAAUAAAGAAGGUUUCCCAGCAGAUCAGCAACAUUUAAUGUUUAAUGGCAAUAAAUUGGAAGACUCUCGAACAUUGGAAGAUUACAAUAUUCAAGAAGGAUCGCAGUUAGAAUUGGCAAUAAGACUUACUCAAUAA